ACAUAGGCUCUAAAAUCAAAGUGCUUCCACCUACAACUUUGAAAUCAUAUGUAGAUGCACCUUGAUGAGUUCUAUAUGCCACACCCAUUUUUGCGGUCACUAGGUCAAAGGUCAAGGUCACUGUGACUUAAAAAAAAUAAUUCUGGCAAGCUUUUGCGGCUGAGCGUGGCACACGUUAUGCGGUUCUCUUGUUUAAGUACCAGUAGGCAUUUAAAAAAUAAGGUCUAUUAUGUAACCAUCAACAAACAUUUUUUUUGUUAUGGACUAAACAGCUAUGCUUUGCAAUGAGAGAUGGCAACAGUUGUUCGGUUAACCGGUUAUCCGUUUCUUAAGGAGGUUAACUGGUUACAAAAUUAAUAUUUGGUUACUCUUGCAGAAAACACAAUUUUUGGUUUAACGCAAUAAAUGCUCAAAUCAUUAGUUUUGUUUUACUUCAUUUCACUGCAUUGGCUAAUCCACUUAUCUUAUGGCAAACUAUCGGCAAUUACCAAUUAGAGUUGUAAACCAUCGUGGUGUAGCGGAUUAAUGAGCAGGCACACGAGCAAUUAGCACCCACUCUGCAAAUUCUAGCUGAUGAAUAUUACAAGUUUAUAACAGUUGAAAAUCAUGUCUGAAUUUGAUGAAGGGAAGAAGAAAGCACGGCAGUUUGAUUUCAUGGCCAUGUAUGAACAGGCCAGACAAACUGCAAUAGAGAGGACUGCAUCCACAGUCAAGCCAGAUGAUGCAGAAGAUGUAGAUGAACAGGUUGCAAGAAUUAACAAACAGAAUGAGGUCCUCAGAGAAAGUACGAGCUUCAAAUCAACAGAUGUGGAACAACCGUCUUCAAAUGCCAGCAUUGACUCAGAUGAUGAAAUGAUUGGUCCUCCUUUACCUCCAAGUGCAACAACAUCAAAGGUUCAAGACAACGAGGAUGAUGAUGAUGAUGAUGAUGAUGACGACAUAAUUGGGCCUCCAUUGCCUCCGACAAUGACGGAUGCUGGAUCAAGCCCUUUGAAUAAAAAGAAAGCUGACAAUGAUGAGGAGGAAGAUGAUGAUGAUAAUGAUGAAGAAGAAGAUGAAGAUCCUUUAAAGAAAAUACCAUCAAGUCUACAGAUUACGUUAGACCAUGGAAAGAAAACAGUGUCAGCACUUGCCUUUGAUCCAUCCGGUGCGCGCCUCAUCACAGGGGGCUAUGACUAUGAUGUGAAACUCUUUGACUUUGCUGGAAUGGACUCUACACUCAAACCAUUUAGAACGCUGCGACCGUGUGAAUGUCACCCGAUCAAGCAGCUGCAGUACAGCAGUACAGGAGAUGUCAUCCUGGUGGUGGCAGGCAACUCACAGGCCAAGGUGCUGGACCGCGACGGACACGAGAAGUUUGAGUGCAAAAAAGGCGACCAGUAUUUGGCAGACAUGGGACAGACAAAGGGCCAUGCAGCUAUGCUGAAUUCCGGAUUUUUUAACCCGAAAGUCAAAGCAGAGUUCAUGACAUGUUCAAAUGAUGGCACUGUGCGCCUAUGGGAUGUAAACGACGAGGGCAAGAAGCAGCGUCAUGUGAUCAAGGCCCGCUGCCAGCAGGGGCGUCGUGUGGUUCCCACGGCCUGCGCGUACAGUCAUGAUGGGCGCUGGAUUGUAGCAGCCUGUCAGGAUGGCUCCAUACAAGUCUGGGAUCACAACCGACCUUUUGUAAAUGUGUCAAUGAUGUUACGGUCAGCACACAUGAAUGGCAGUGACACCUCCUCACUGUGUUUUUCAUAUGACGGGCGUGUUUUGGCAUCUAGAGGAGGAGACGAUACAGUGAAGCUAUGGGAUAUUAGGUCACUCAAGCAACCUCUGAAGGUCAAGGAAGGACUUCCAAACUUCUUUCCUAACACAGAUGUUUUGUUCAGUCCGGACGACAAGCUCGUAGUGACAGGUAUCUCUGUAAAGAAGUCUGAGAGCAAGGGGAGGCUAGUCUUCAUGGAGCGAGAAUCCCUUGAUACCAUUACAGAGCUGGAAGUGUCAGACAUGAGUGUUGUGAGAUGCAUAUGGCACCCCAGACUCAAUCAGUUUGUGGUCGGAUGUGGUGAUGGAAAGGCUCAACUCUACUACGAUGAACACAAAAGUCACAGGGGUGCUAAGCUUUGUGUAGCAAAGAAGCCUUCUAAAGUCAAACAGAUGGAAAUUGUAGCCCAUCGGCAGAUUAUCACACCGUACGCCCUGCCAAUGUUCCGCCAGCAACGGGAGUCAAGUACCAAGAAACAGGAAGAACGAGCUAGAAAGGACCCAGUCAAAUCACACAGGCCAGAUCUACCUGUCUAUGGACCAGGCUCCGGUGGACGCCUGGCUAACAAGGGAGGCACCCUGUCCCAGUACGUCGUUCAGACCCUGGUCGUGCAGAAGGAAGACCCGUACGAGGAUAACCCAAGGGAGGCAAUCCUGCGACACGCAAAAGCAGCUGCAGAAAAUCCGAUCUGGGUUGCACCUGCUUAUAAGAAGACACAGCCUGUGCAGAUAUUCCAAACUGAGGAAGAAAAAGUUGAAGAAGAAGAGAUUCAACCUCCAUGGAAGAAAAUCAAGAAAACGUGAAGAAAUAAUCAUUUCAUGCAAUAGAAAAAUUAGAUCAUAAAAAGCUGUAGAACUUCUGGAUAUUACAGUGAUGCUCCUUUAAGCAUGAUGCAUUAGGCAGUGAUUGACGAACGCACAAGAUCAAUGAGCCAUGCACUUGUAGAUCAUAAACUAAGCUUGCAUACAUUUUCUUUUAAAAGCAGGCUUUUAAGUGCGAUAAACAAAAAGUUAGCAGCUUUUGCCCACAUUGAUGUUAAAG